UUACUGAAGGUGGGUAUGAACAACUUUAUACUCUGUCUUAUUCACCUAUUAGUUCUAAAUCUCCUCCAGACAUCAGCCCUUGGAUCUUCACUUAGACCCUUUUCGUGCUCAUCUGUACCUCGAACUUCUUGUCGUGAACGUUCCGCAGCUCCUGUUCCCUGCACCCCAGCGACCACUGCCUCCUCGGUCCACACACUGCGAGCCAGUUGCCACACACCAGCGGCCAGCCCAAGCCCCGCCCCGGGUCCUAACGCGAGGACCCCAGCGGGGCUGUCCGUGGCUGCGCCGGACUCAUUUUAUCCUGUGGUCGGUGUAGACGAUUUCCCCACCCCGGUGUGAGCUGCGGUGCGGUCCUCUGGCCUCGGGAAUUCAGCCGCAGGCCGUGGCCAGCCGUUUGGCGAGAAACAGUCGCGUCAGGCGGUGGGGAAAACAGCCUGCACAGGGGCUCGCUCAGGGCUCCACCAUGGCGGCGGCAGUACGCGCUGCAGGCUGCCUUUCUGCGCUGUGUGGCGUGCCGGCGGGUCACAUAUGGUCCAGGCAGCUUUACCUAAACACCCUUCCAACUGCUUCCAUUUUGGCAUUGAAGACGGUUCUCAGCAAUGGCCCUGUGUUAUCUCCAGGAACCAGAGGCAGCCAUCAUUUCACCAGCCUGACCCGUGUACUACAGACACAAUGCUGUAUUUCCUCUCCCAGAAACUUGAUGGGUCAACAGUAUAGAUCCUACAGUUUCUUCACUAAAUUGACAGCAGAUGAGCUAUGGAAAGGCGCUCUAGCAGAGACUGGUGCAGGAGCCAGAAAAGGAAGAGGCAAAAGAACUAAGAAAAAGAAAAGAAAGGAUUUGAACAGGGGUCAGAUCAUUGGUGAAGGGCGUCAUGGCUUCCUAUGGCCUGGUCUGAAUGUCCCUCUCAUGAAAGAUGGAGCUGUGCAGGCCAUUGCCCAAAGAAGCAAGGAAGAGCAGGAGAAGAUGGAGGCUGAUAUGGUCCAGCAGAGGGAAGAGUGGGAACGGAAGAGGAAGAUGAAGGUUAAACGGGAGCGAGGGUGGAGUGGAAACACGUGGGGAGGCGUCAGUCUUGGCCCCCCGGACCCUGGUCCCAGUGGAGAAACAUACGAUGAUUUUGAUACCAGAGUACUUGAGGUAAGAAAUGUUUUCAAUAUGACAGCAAAAGAGGGAAGAAAGAGAUCAGUCCGUGUCCUGGUUGCUGUGGGGAACGGCAGAGGAGCUGCAGGUUUUGCCAUUGGGAAAGCCACUGAACGAGUGGAUGCUUUCAGAAAAGCAAAGAACAGAGCAAUACACUAUUUACACUAUAUAGAACGAUACGAAGACCAUACAAUAUUCCACGAUAUUUCUUUAAGAUUUAAAAGGACGCAUAUCAAGAUGAAGAAAAAACCCAGAGGCUACGGCCUCCACUGCCACCGGGCCAUCAUCACCAUCUGCCGGCUCAUCGGCAUCAAAGACAUGUAUGCCAAGGUCUCUGGGUCCGUCAACAUGCUCAACCUCACACGAGGUCUCUUCCGUGGGCUCUCCUGCCAGGAAACCCACCAACAGCUGGCUAAUAAGAAGAGUCUCCAUGUCGUAGAAUUCCGGGAGGAAUGUGGCCCUCUACCCAUCGUGGUGGCCUCCCCGCAGGGGGCCUUGAGAAAGGAUCCAGAGCCGGAAGAUGACGUUCCAGACAUCAGACUGGACUGGGAAGAAGUGAAGGCCGCACAGGGAAUGAAGCGCUCCGUGUGGUCAAAUUUAAAGAGGGGUGCUACAUGAGCUUCCCUCUGCCUUGUACAGUUGCGUGUCUGGUCCUGCCUGGCACCUAGAAGAGACUCCGCCCUUCACAUUUUGCAAUGUCACUUCCUUUUUAAAGGAAAGGGCAACCUUCUUUAUUUACAAAUAAUAAAAAGCUAUAACUUUAAUUUAUUGAGCAUGUAUAUACCAGUCACUGUGAGAG